UCGAUCGCACUUUCGGCAAUGGCGGCUGUGACGGCGGCCUCGCCACGGGACACUGCCGGGGACUGGCAGGACUUCUCCGGCUUUCAGCCUGCGGCCGAGGAGGGCUGCUGUACGGAGCCCUCUGCGGCGGCCCCUGCGGCGGCGGCGCGAGAGGAAAGCUGCUGGGGCGACGGGCACGACCUGGGGGCCAAGCUGCCGCUCUGCUUCCAGCCGCCUCAGCUGCACCCCCAGGACGGCGGGGACGGCGAAGCCCGAGUGCCGCCGCGGCCCCUCAGCGAGCACAGCGUCCUGCACGCAGACGAGAUUUGGAAUGCUCUGACUGAUAAUUAUGGUAAUGUAAUGCCAGUUGACUGGAAGUCUUCCCACACCAGAACACUACACUUGCCAACGCUAAAUCUUUCUGAAAAGGGAGUUAAUGACAAUUUGAACCUUGAUUUAUCAGAUGAUGAAGAACUGCGAGAACAACUAGAUAUGCAUUCGAUCAUAGUUUCCUGCAUCAGUGAAGAACCACUCUUCACAGCUGAGCAGGUGAUAGAAGAAAUAGAGGAAAUGAUGCAAGAAUCUCCAGAUCCAGAUGAUGAUGAAACACCAAGCCAGUCAGAUCGUCUGUCCUUACUGUCCCAGGAAAUCCAAACACUUAAGAGGUCCACUACAAACCAUAAUUAUGAAGAAAGAGUGAAAAAGCUGUCUGUAUCUGAAUUAAACAAUCUCUUAGAAGAAAUUGAGACAGCCAUCAAGGACUACUCUGAGGAACUAGUGCAGCAGUUGGCACUGCGAGAUGAGCUGGAGUUUGAGAAAGAAGUGAAAAAUAGCUUCAUAUCUGUCCUUAUAGAAGUACAAAAUAAACAACGAGAACAAAAGGAAAUUGCAAAGAAGAAAAAGAAGCUGAAAAAUGGCAGUCCCCAGAAUGGCAAGCAGGAGAAAGGACAUAUGCCUGGAACACGCUUCAGCAUGGAAGGAAUCUCAAAUGUCAUUCAGAAUGGCUUCCGUCAAACGUUUGGAAACUCGGGUGGAGAAAAGCAGUACCUGACAACAGUUAUUCCUUAUGAGAAGAAAAGUGGACCUCCUUCAGUUGAAGAUCUUCAAACAUUAACGAAAAUUCUUCAUGCAAUGAAAGAAGACAGUGAAAAAGUGCCAAGCUUAUUAACAGAUUACAUUUUGAAAGUUUUGUGUCCUACAUGAAGAGAACUGUGAAAGACAGCCAUGCUAAUUCUUGUGAAAAGAUGGUUUCCAUGACUUGUUCAGAUCUUUCAGUUUGUUUGGCAGUGUGUUGAAUUCCAGCAUAUUUACUACUUCCCUUGCCUGCUUGGACUUUUGAAUCCUUGAAAAAAAAACCUCUGGAGCAUGUAGAACUCAACUAUUUUUGUUCACUUAAGUGUGAUGUAAUUGAACAAAAACAGAUGCUGUACAGUUUUAAUUCAUACACAUUGUUUCAGUGUUUUAAACACUAUAUUUUUACACUAUAUGACAUCUAAUUAUUCUCCACAGCUAUCUGCUUUUGUGGAGAAAAAAUAAACUUUAGCAUAGGUAAGGAAACUGAUUAGUAAUAAAUGCAAUAGGUUCUUGUAUUAAAUGUUUAAAAUGAAUUGAAAGCUGAACCUGCACUGUAAAAAUUCCAUUGAAGUUCGUUGGGUACUCUAGAAAGGUAAUAUGGAAAUUAACACUGAUUUUUCUUAAGAGUAAAAACAGUAUUGAUGUAUCAUUGUUUACUGAUUCUUCUGAAUUUUUUAAUGCCCUUCAGAAGUCAAAAGUGAUAAUCAUCUUCCAUUACUGGUUAGUUCAUUUAACAAGAACACAAUUCAUGUGGAAGCCCCACUGGAAUCAUUGGGAACUGUGAAAGGGCGCAGAUCUCGCACCAGUAACCAUCUGAGAGACUGACCUCCAAAUCACUGUCUUGUUACUUUCAUUCUCUGUAUUUUAAUUAUUUUAAAGUAAUGUAGUUAGAUAUUAAUACCUUGCUGCUAUUGUGCUUUUUGUUCUCCCUGUUAAAUAUUUUGUCAUAGUAUGUAACAUUUUAUAUGCUGCAGAAUGUUAAUGAAUACUUUUAAAAAGA